GGAGAGGGUAAGAAUGGAAUAUGGCCACUUCACACAAACGCACUGGAUAGUUUCGACGCCAGACUUCCUUACUCCCCACCACAAUCAGAUGACAGCAAUGCUGGAGACAGGAGACAGCCCGCUGCCAUUUGUACCAGAUGAAUGGUUCUUUUCGCAGGAAGGCAAAGUAAUUAGGAUAAGGGUCUCUAGUAAAUCUAAUCCGGUAUGUUUCAAGCGCAGACAAAGAGGCCACCUGGGUACUGACACCAGCUGUCCGAAAACAAGGGAGAGCGCAAAAUCGAAGGCCCUCAAAACCGCAAACCUGCAGGAAGUACCGAACAAGCAAGGCUACUGGUUCGUUCCAGAGGCACAAUACGCAGGUUGGGUCUUCAACGACAAUCUGGAUUCACCAGACUGGGUAUGGACCAUAGCAGGUGAACCGACCCCCAGACCAGAAGUCUAUCCGCCGUACGACAGCAGGUGGCAAGCGUUGAAAACAGAAAAGAAAGCACCCAAGUGCUUCACCAGGGACCCAGUCAUCAACGUGGAGGCCCUGAAACAGGAAAUGUGGGAGAAGGACCUUUGCGCUGAUUUGCAAACAAUUCAGGAAACAACGGAAAGGGACUGGGUAGAAGCUGUCAAGAGAUAUCAGGAGGAGGAAAGGUCAAAAGGGGAACUCCCUAAACAAAGAACUUACUGCAGAAGGGGAAAGAGAAGACAGCAAAAGUCUGAGUCGGAACAAACAACGGAAAAGGAGGGGACGGAUGAGUCCAUGGAGGAGGGUGAAAAGGCAGCAGUCCAGGGGGAACCCGAGGGCGGAGAGAAACCCAGUGUGGGGGGAAAGAGAAAGCACACGGACGGGCAAAGGGACAGAGAUGAUUCAGAUGAUGAACAAGGGCAAACGUGGAAGGAAGGUUACCCAUGGUCUGGUCAGCAGGAAAAAGAACUGUUGGCCUACAUUCGGAGCUAUGAAAAGGUGAGACAAGAAAAAUUUGAAUUACAGUUAAUCCUGCACAAAGAAGAGCAAAAGAAUAAGUUGAAGACAGCAACACCGAACACAUCCCAAUUGAUUCCGCUGUCGGAGAACCCCUUCGCGCCUCUUGAGAGGGAAGAAGAGUUGUCAGCGUUCUUGGCCGGAAAAUACUGUGAAUCUAAAGAAGAUCAAAUAAUGGAAGCGGCAGAGAAAAGGGGGAACAAAACGAAUGAGAAGAAGCAAAGGGCGGGGAAGAAAUUGCAGAAGGUCAAACCCUCACAGAUUCUGCUGGAACAGACAGAUCAGCCUGAGAGAGAGAAGAGCGAGGCGAAUGAGGACUUGAACAAAGGCCUAACAAGGGAGAUGCAACUGGGCAUCCAGGUGGAAGCAUCAUAUGCUCAAAACAUGAGACUGACAGAUCUGAACGGAGAAAUCUCGCUGCGCACAGUGACGGUCCAAGACCUGCAGCACAAGGAUCAUGAGGCGUUUUGGGAAAGAGCCAAAAGGGAGGCGAGCACGCUCUUACCAUCUCGGGCAAUCAUCCCGGUGCAAUGGGACCCGCUAGAGGAGCAAUGGAAGGUAGCAGCGCAAGAGGAUCUCUCUGUCCUCAGAUGGCAACUGGGACAAAAAAAGGAAGACUUGCUGAAGAGAGUUAGCAAAGGGAAGACAACUAGCAUCAUGGGACUCGCAGGCAAGACGAGACAGGUGGGACUGCAGAAGCAGAUGGACAGGGCAGGCAAUGCAGACGGUAGGGAACAAGAACAGUAUGACGCCAGACCGCUGCUUGUUUGUUUGGAGCAAGAUGCAGCCUUGGCGGAUGAUUUGAAAUGGAGACCAUGGUGGUGGGUGUCAUCGCUACCUGUCACGGCACUUAGCAACGAGACCACGCUGACGCAGAACGUAGCAGCGUGGGCUACCUUGCUGGAAUCAUAGGUGCUGGGGCAGAAUGAGGACGAACUCCCAGCGCUACUGACCCCACACGAGGAUGUGUCGGAGUCUAGCACUCA